AUGCAAAGUGGGAAUCUCGUCUUUCACUGCUUAUCGGCUUGGGACAAUUCUCCAACGUGCUCCCAUGGCUCUGCAAAUGGAGCUGAAAUCGAGGGCCAUCUUCAACUAAUGCUCAGAAGUUUGCGCCCGCAAGAUAAAAUGAGCAUGGCAGUCCGACUUCAAACUCAGGUUUCUGACCACGCUCGAUAUCUUGCCGUUGUGUCAACCCAUGAUGUCGAGAAACUAACACUUUUGAUUGGAAUGGAUUAUUACAAAGGCCAUAUGACGAUAGGUGUAGUUCUGCCACUGUUGUGGUGCAGUCGUGUGGAAUUGGCAGGAGACGGCGGAGUCGCUGUUUACGGAUCGGGUGCAUCUAGUAAAGCAGAUAACGCCCUUCUUUUUCGACCCGUUUCCGUCCAAGCUAUGUGGUUUGUAUUUCAAUCGCUACACAAAGAGCUCGAAGGUACUCAACGUGAAACCCGCAGACUUCGCGAGCCUGCUACGGCAACUGAACACUAUAUGGAUCGAAUAACGUCCCCUGAUUUCCUUUGUGCGCAAUGGCAGCAGUCUUCAAUGGAGAUGGAUGAUGAAGACGAGCUUAAAGCCGACACUGUACGAGAUCACCUUUCCGAAGAAGGGAGAGCAAAGGAAGCUCUGCUGCGGCGAGAACUGCGACAAAUUAUGCAAAGUGUAGAUUUGGACAGCGUUACAAGUCGAGACAUUCGAGAAACCCUAGCACAACGAGUAGGCUGCGUUGACGGUCAUAAGGAUUUCAUUGACCGUGAAAUGUUGGUUAUAUUGGGUCAAAUGGAUAAGCCAAGUCGUAUCUUUCCAUACCUAUUGCUUGGAACGGAAUGGAAUGCCUCGAACUGGGAGGAGCUGAAUCAAAAUAAUGUUGGGUACAUUCUCAAUAUGACGCGAGAGGUUGACAACUUCUUUCCGAUGCAUUUCAAGUAUGUAAAGAUCUCAGUAUCCGAUGAGGCAAGUACCAACCUUCUCAACAACUGGAACCUCACUUACAGCUUUAUCAAGGAGGCAAAAGAAUCGGGUAAGGUUUGCUUGGUGCAUUGCAAAAAAGGAAUCAGUCGCAGUUCAUCGACAGUCAUAGCAUAUGCUAUGAAAGAGUACGGUUGGAGCUUGGAACAUGCCCUUGCGUAUGUGAAAAAGAGGAGGAACUGUAUCACUCCGAAUAAGGGUUUCAUGGAGCAGUUACAAACCUUUGCGGGUCUAUUGGAGGCGUCACGGCAUCGUCAUGCGCCUCAAUUUAACGGACGUGCUGGAGCUCCUCCCACAACUGUCGGAUCGCGAGCACAUUCGGCCUCGUGCAUCCGAAGUCCUCGCCGUGUAUCUUCUGCCAGCGACUCCGUACGCUUUAUUGUACGAGAAUUCGAGUUGCGGCGUCGUGGUGCAGAAGACCCAGUUCGUCAUUCCUUUCCUCUUGAUGUGAUAAAUAAGCGUAGUUCUAUACAACAAAUUAGCUAG